AACUGUUAUGGUAGCGCCACAAACACCAACUUAACCCAAAUCCAUAAUUCCCGAAACCAAAAUUGGAGUAGUCACAGAUACACAUAAUUAACAUUGGGGUCUUUGUUAAAUUAAUAUUCUUUAAAGGAAAAGCAACUGCAGUAGAAGGAGUCUGUUGUGGUUUAAGUAACACUUUCUUGUACUGAAAUUGGUAUGCGAAAAAAAAAGCGGGCAGCUGAAAAAUUGAAAACAAAUUUAAGGAAGGUAUAGUUUAAAAUUACCUUAUUUUAUUAUAGUCAAUCAAGAUGGCCAAAGAUACGUAUUUGAAGAAGGUCUUAGGAUCUGAGCGUUAUAACCGAAUCAGGUCAUCGAAAGUGUUGAUGGUUGGUGCAGGUGGGAUUGGAUGUGAGUUAUUAAAAGAUCUAGUAUUAACGGGAUAUGGACAAAUUCAUAUUGUCGAUUUAGAUACUAUAACAUUAUCCAAUUUAAACAGACAAUUCUUGUUUCGUAAGACUGAUAUCGAUAAAUCGAAAUCAUUAACUGUUGCCAAUGCGGUUCAAUCAUUCAAUUACUUGAAUUCCAACUUAAUUCCUCAUCAUGGUAAUAUUAUGGAUGGUAAUCAAUUCCCAAUCCAGUGGUGGUCACAAUUUGAUUUCAUAUUUAAUGCAUUAGAUAAUCUUGAAGCAAGACGUCAUGUUAAUAAGAUGUGUUUAUUCUUGAAAAGGCCAUUGAUGGAAAGUGGAACCACCGGAUUUGAAGGUCAAAUUCAACCAAUCUUUCCUUAUCAUAGUGAAUGUUUUGAUUGUCAAGCUAAAGAAACCCCUAAAACGUUUCCUGUUUGUACAAUUAGAUCAACACCAUCAUCACCAGUCCAUUGUAUUACGUGGGCAAAAGAGUUUUUAUUCUAUCAAUUAUUCGAUGAAGCAGAUUCCACAGAAUUAAAUAGUGCUGAUAAAAUAGCUGGUGAAACUGAUGAUAAAGAUCAACAAGAAAACCUCGCGAAGGAAGCAAAUGAAUUAAUUGAAUUAAGAAAUCUGAUUAUAUCGAAAGAUAAGGAUGUAUUCUUCACAGAGCUUGUGUUUAAAAUAUUCAAGACAGAUAUUGAAAGAUUAUUGUUAAUUGAUACUUUAUGGAAAUCUAGACAAAAGCCGAAUCCAUUACAGUUUUCAGAAUAUGAAUCAGAGUUAGAUAAUUUAAUUGCUGAUGAUAAAAAUACAUCUAUAUUAACUGAUGAUACCAAGGUUUGGACAAUCUUGGAGGAUUUAUAUGUCUUACGUAAAUCAGGUGAAUCAUUACAAAAGAGAAUAAACUCAGGAGAUGAGCUGUCUAUAUCAUUCGAUAAGGAUGAUGAAGAUACUCUUAACUUUGUGGUUGCAUCAGCCAAUUUAAGAUCAUCUAUUUUCCAUAUCGAAACAAAAUCAAAAUUUGAUAUAAAGCAAAUUGCUGGUAAUAUUAUUCCAGCUAUUGCUACUACCAAUGCUAUUAUUUCUGGGUUUUCAUGUUUAAGUGGAUCUGAUUAUUUUAAAGUUGAUGCCAAGAAGAUUGGGACUGAUUUUUCAAGUUUCAUGAACCAUUCUAGAACUGUUUAUAUCAGUAUAAGGCCUAAUAAGUAUAUUACUUCAGCUUUACUUUCAGAGCCAAAUGAAAAAUGUGCUAGUUCAUCCUUGUUAUCUAGAGGAGUGUUAAGAAUAUCCAAAUCCGAUGUCAAAGCUCAAACUUUAGGAUGGUUAGUUAAUACUUUGAUAGAUACAUAUGAUUAUGAGGAAGAAGGAUUAUCGAUAUCUUUAGGACAAUCAAGAUUGAUUUAUGAUGUUGAUUUUGAUGAUAAUCUUGGUACAAAAUUGAUUGAUAUAAAUGGGUUUAAAGAUGGCGAGCUUUUAUUCAUUCAGGAUGAUAAUGAUGAAUUAGAAAAUCUUGAACUAUACAUCACCAUAACUGGUGAAGGAACCCUUACAACCUUACCUGAGUUUAAGCUUCGACCAAAGAAAGAGUUUGCUGAAGAAGAUGAAGAAGAUUAUUCUAUGGAAGAAGUUGAUGGAAAUAGAGACACCAUUAUUAUCGAUGACGAAGAAGAAAAAGCAAUUGAUGACAUCGUCAUCGAAGAACCUGCUUUAAAGAAAAGAAAAGUUGUUGAAUAGAUAUAGAUCUACAUACAUAUAUACAUAGUAAAUAUAGAGAAUUUUGGUAUUGUUUACAUUGCUU